AUUAAAUUACACGCUCCUAUCUCUUUUACUCUUUUCUCCAUUAAUUUUAUUUUUUUAAAUAAUUUUUGUUCUUAUUUUCUCUCUCUUCUUCUACUCAUUCUCUCUCCUCGCGGCGAUAAAAUUUGAAAUUCCGAAAAUUUCGAGGAGUUUUUUCUCAUAUCUUUCUUGCUCCAUUGCUCAAAUUCAAAUCGAGGUUCUGCAAAUUUUGUGCCCUAGCAAAAUUAUUUAAUUUUUUUGGGUAAAAAAUGUCGACAGAAGACGAGAAGUUGUUGAAGGAAGCGAAGAAACUUCCAUGGGAAGAUCGACUAGCUCACAAGAAUUGGAAGGUUAGAAAUGAUGCAAACAUCGACCUUGUUGCAUUGUUCGACUCCAUUUCCGAUCCUAAGGACCCUCGUCUUCGCGAAUUUGGGCAUUAUUUUAAGAAAACAGUGUCAGAUUCUAAUGCGCCGGUGCAAGAGAAGGCACUUGAUGCUUUGAUUGCUUAUUUAAAAGCUGCUGAUGCGGAUGUUGGAAGGUACGGGAAAGAAGUAUGUGAUGCAGUGGUUGCGAAAUGUCUUACUGGGAGGCCUAAGACAGUGGAGAAGGCACAAAUGGUGUUUAUGCUUUGGGUGGAGUUGGAGGCAGUUGAAGCUUUCCUGGAUGCUAUGGAGAAGGGUAUUAAAGCCAAAGUGGCUAAAGCAGUUGUGCCUGCCAUUGACGUCAUGUUUCAAGCGUUAAGUGAAUUUGGGGCCAAAGUUGUACCUCCGAAAAGAAUUCUUAAGAUGUUACCGGAGCUUUUUGAUCAUCAAGACCAAAAUGUUCGUGCCUGCUCUAAAGGGUUGACCCUAGAAUUAUGUCGCUGGAUUGGAAAGGACCCAGUUAAAUCCAUCUUGUUGGAGAAGAUGAGGGAUACAAUGAAAAAAGAGCUGGAGGCAGAGCUUGUUAAUGUUACAGGGACAGCGAAGCCCACACGGAAGAUAAGAUCUGAACAAGACAAAGAGCCAGAACCAGAGGUUGUUGCUGAAGUGGAAAACACUGGGCCUUCAGAAGAAUCUACUUCUGAUGCUCCACAGGAAAUAGAUGAAUAUGAGCUAGUUGAUCCAGUGGACAUAUUAACGCCACUAGAGAAGUCAGGAUUUUGGGAUGGAGUGAAAGCUACCAAGUGGUCAGAGCGAAAGGAGGCUGUUGGGGAACUGACAAAACUUGCUUCCACAAAGAGGAUUGCACCAGGUGAUUUCACUGAAGUCUGCAGAACGCUCAAAAAGUUAGUCACAGAUGUUAACAUAGCUGUCGCAGCUGAAGUCAUACAGGCCAUUGGAAACCUUGCAAGAGGCUUAAGAGCACACUUUGCUGGGAGCUCCCGCUUUUUGCUUCCUGUUUUACUUGAAAAACUGAAGGAGAAAAAGCCUACUAUUACAGAUGCUUUAACUCAAACAUUACAAGCCAUUUACAAGUCUGGGUGUCUAAAUCUUGUCGAUAUAGUUGAAGAUGUUAAAACGGCGGUGAAAAAUAAAGUGCCUCUUGUCAGAUCGCUGACUCUAAAUUGGCUCACAUUUUGCAUCGAGACAAGUAACAAGACUGUCAUUCAAAAAGCUCACAAGGAUUAUGUCCCAAUUUGUAUGGAGUGCCUUAAUGAUGGUACUCCAGAUGUAAGAGAUGCAGCCUUUUCUGUUUUGACGGCCAUAGCCAAGUCGGUAGGUAUGAGACCUUUGGAAAGGUCACUAGAGAAGCUCGACGAUGUCAGGAGAAAAAAACUUAAUGAAAUGAUUGGUGGUAUGGGAAGUGGCCCACCUGCUGGUGGAAGCUCAGUUAACGUGCAAACCUCAAGUGGAGUUGCAUCAGAGGCCUCAGGGAGCUCAUUUGUAAAGAAGUCAGCAGCGAGUAUGUUGAGUGGUAAAAGGCCUGUUCAGGCUGCUCCUGGCGGUAAGAAAGUUGCUUCAUCGAAAUCAGCUGCUGGUAAAAAAGCCGAAGCAGGGGGCCAGCAGAAAACCGUGAAAGCUGUUGAACCGGAAGAUGUUGAGCCAUCCGAGAUGAGUCUUGAGGAAAUUGAGAGCAGACUUGGCUCCCUUAUACAAGCGGAAACUAUUUCUCAAUUGAAGAGUACUGUAUGGAAAGAACGACUUGAAGCAAUUACCUCUUUGAAAGAGCAAGUGGAGGGUGUUCAGGAACUUGAUCCGUCAGUGGAAAUUUUGAUACGUUUGUUAAGUGCUGUCCCUGGAUGGAGUGAGAAAAAUGUUCAGGUCCAGCAGCAAACUAUUGAAGUUAUUUCUUACGUGGCAUCAACUGCAACUAGAUUUCCCAAAAAGUGUGUUGUUCUGUGUCUCCAUGGCCUAAGUGAAAGGGUGGCUGAUAUUAAGACCAGAGGCCAAGCAAUGAAAUGCCUGACUACAUUUUCAGAAGCAGUUGGUCCUGGAUUCAUUUUCGAAAGACUGUAUAAGAUAAUGAAAGAGCACAAGAAUCCUAAGGUGCAAAGCGAAGGCAUAUUAUGGAUGGUCUCUGCCAUUGAGGAUUUUGGUGUUUCUCUUUUGAAGUUGAAGGACUUAAUUGACUUCUGCAAGGAGACAGGACUACAAUCGAGUACUGCUGCAACUAGAAAUGCAACUAUUAAGUUGAUUGGUGUCUUGCAUAAAUUUGUUGGCCCAGAUAUCAAGGGGUUCCUUACAGAUGUUAAACCUGCCCUUCUUAGUGCACUUGAUGCUGAAUAUGAGAAAAACCCUUAUGAGGGACCUUCUGCUGCUCCAAAGAAAACUGUAAAAACAACUGAUUCGUCAUCUGUACCUGUUGGUGGCUCAGACGGCUUGCCACGAGAAGAUAUUAGUGCUAAGAUAACACCAUCCUUGCUGAAAAAUUUUGAAAGCCCUGAUUGGAAGAUACGCUUGGAAUCCAUCGAAGCUGUGAAUAAAAUUUUAGAGGAGGCCAAUAAGCGUAUUCUACCAAUUGGAACUGGGGAACUGUUUGGUGCUCUUAGAGGGCGUUUGAAUGACAGCAAUAAAAAGCUUGUGAUGGAAGCAUCAUGUACCAUCGGUGGUGUUGCAUCUGCCAUGGGUCUACCAGUUGAGAAAGCGAGCAAGGGUAUUCUUUCAGAUGUAUUGAAAGGCCUCGGUGACAACAAAAAGAAUAUGAGAGAAUGUGUUUUGACAACUUUGGACUUGUGGCUUGGUGCUGUCCAUCUUGAUAAAAUGGUUCCCUAUAUCACAGCAGCUCUUUUGGAAGCAAAACUUGGGGCUGAGGGGCGUAAGGAUCUUUUUGAAUGGUUAUCUAGGCAACUUUCCUUGAUGAAUGACUUUCCUGACGCUGUUCAGUUACUGAAGCCAGCUUCUGCUGCCAUGACGGAUAAGUCAGCAGAUGUUCGUAAAGCAGCUGAUGCAUGUCUUUCAGAGAUUCUGAAAACUUGCGGUCCAGAACUGGUGACCAAGAAUUUGAGAGAUAUUCAAGGCCAGGCUCUUACCCAUGUCGUGGAGAAACUCAAAUCUUAUGGGGCUGUUCCAGAUUUUCAGGACUCUGCUCCAGUAACUUCUACUGCAUCACACCCCAAGAGCAAUACCAGAGUUGGAAAGGCUGGCUCAAAUACUGCUGGGGACCGUGCACCUAAGCACGGAACAAAAUCAGCGUCGUCGAGAACUGCUCCAGUGAGGAGCUCAAGAGCAGAUUCCAUCAUGUCUGUUAAUGAUAUUGCUAUCCAAUCUCAGCCAUUAUUAAAUAUCAAGGAUUCGAACAAGGAAGAUAGGGAGAGGAUGGUUGUCCGCCGUUUUAAAUUUGAAGAACCUCGUUUGGAACAAAUUCAGGAUCUUGAGAGUGGACUUGGGAAAUAUUUUAGGGAAGAUCUGAAUAGAAGACUUCUAAGUGCAGACUUUAAGAAGCACGUAGAUGGCAUUGAAAUGCUACACAGGGCUCUUCCAUCGGUCGUAAAGGAUCUUAUUGAAGUUAUGGAUAUAGUUUUAAGGUGGUUUGUUUUGCGGUUUUGUGAAUCCAAUACAACAUGCUUAUUGAAGGUUUUGGAAUUUCUUCCGGAAUUUUUUGAGGCAUUGAGGGUUGAGGGGUAUGCAUUAACUGAACCAGAGGCAGCCAUAUUUCUUCCAUGUUUGGUAGAAAAGUCUGGACAUAACAUUGAGAAACUACGUGAGAAAAUCCAUGAGCUCACUAAACAAAUUGUUAGCAUAUAUUCAGCAGCAAAACUUUUUCCUUACAUCGUGGAGGGUCUGCGCUCAAAAAAUAACCGAACACGUAUAGAGUGUGCAGAUCUUGUUGGUUUCCUUCUCGACAAUCAUGGAGCUGAGAUUACUGGACAGUUAAAAAGCUUGCAGAUGGUUGCGAGUUUAACGGCUGAAAGAGAUGGUGAAACUAGAAAAGCUGCUCUGAACGCACUAGCAACUGGUUACAAAAUUCUAGGUGAGGACAUCUGGAGAUAUUUAGGGAAAUUGACAGAUGCUCAAAGAAGUAUGAUAGAUGAAAAAUUUAAGACAAAGGCUCGUGACAUGGACAAGAGGAGGGAAGGGAAGCCUGGAGAUGCAAGGGCUGCUUUGAGACGUUCAGUCAGGGAUAAUGGGGCUGAUAUAGCUGAACAGAGUGGAGAAGUUUCAAGAUCAGUUGCUGCCCCAGUAUUUGCUAGGGAACAUUACAUUCAUCCUGAACUUCACAUUGAGAGAAAUUCAUUGCCUCGAGUACAUGCUGGUGUUAGUGGUCCAACAGACUGGAAUGAAGCACUUGAUAUUAUCGCACAUGGUGCUCCAGAGCAGUCUGUGGAAGGAAUGAAAGUAGUUUGCCAUGAGUUGGCACAAGCCACAAAUGAUCCUGAAGGAAGUACAAUGGAUGACAUUGUCAAGGAUGCUGACCGACUUGUCUCAGUCUUAGCCAAUAAGGUUGCAAAGACAUUUGACUUUAGUCUAACUGGGGCUUCUUCGAGGUCCUGUAAAUAUGUUCUAAACACACUUAUGCAGACAUUUCAAAAUAAGACACUAGCUCAUUCAGUUAAGGAGAGCACGCUUGAUAAUCUUAUUACUGAACUUCUGCUUUGGCUUUUGGAUGAACGGGUUCCCCGAAUGGAUGAUGGUGGCCAGCUUCUGAAAGCUUUGAAUGUUUUGAUGCUUAAGAUCUUGGAUAAUGCCGACCGGACCUCGUCAUUUGUGGUGCUCAUUAGAUUAUUAAGUCCGUUGAGCCCCUCAAGAUGGCCAGCACCCGCGUUAAAUGAAGCCCUUAAUGUCAGAAAUCAGAAGUUUUCUGAUCUUGUUGUCAAAUGUCUGAUCAAACUAACAAAGGUUCUUCAAAGCACUAUUUAUGAUGUGGACCUAGACCGCAUUCUUCAAAGCAUCCAUGUGUACCUUCAAGAACUUGGAAUGGAAGAAAUCAGGAGAAGAGCUGGAGCUGAUGACAAACCUUUGCGUAUGGUUAAAACUGUUUUGCAUGAACUUGUAAAACUCCGGGGGACUGCUAUUAAAGGUCAUCUCUCCAUGGUUCCUAUAGAUAUGGAGCCUCAACCUAUUAUUCUUGCAUACAUUGAUUUGAAUCUCCAGACAUUGGCAGCAGCGAGGAUGCUUACCCCCACUGGACCCGUAGGCCAAACUCAUUGGGGUGACUCGACUGCUAAUAAUCCAUCUUCUGCCACUCACUCUGCAGAUGCUCAAUUGAAGCAAGAACUGGCUGCAAUUUUCAAGAAAAUUGGAGAUAAGCAGACAUGCAGUAUCGGCCUAUAUGAAUUGUAUCGUAUCACACAACUAUACCCCAAGGUUGAUAUCUUUUCGCAGCUCCAAAACGCCAGUGAAGCAUUCCGGACUUAUAUACGAGAUGGAUUGGCACAGAUGGAGAAAAAUGCAGCUGCCGGGAAGACUCCUUCUAGUGUCCCAUUAGCAACUCCUCCUCCAUCCUCGCUAAAUCUUUCUUCGCCAAAAUUGGCUCCUCUGUCACCUGUGCAUACAAACUCACUAAAUCCUAGAGUUGAGCCAACCAAUUUUACUUUACCCUCAUCAUUCAGUGAUGAUGAGAGGUCUAGAGGUCCAAAUUUUGAUCACCAACAGCUUCUGGGGGACCAAAGAAGUGACAGACUGGUAACUGGAGUAACCACUGGGACACUAGAUGCUAUUAGAGAAAGGAUGAAGAGCAUGCAGUUAGCUGCAGCAGGUGUGAAUCCAGAUUCUGAAAAUAGGCCCUUAAUGUCAAUGAAUGGUAACGUUACUCAUAAUCAAGCUCAACAUGAGUUAGAUGAUAUAACUGCUGAGAACCCGGUUCACAGUGGAGUUCUUCCUAUGGACGAGAAAGCGUUAUCUGGCCUGCAAGCUCGGAUGCAAAGGCUAAAGAGUGGGUCAUUUGAUCAUGUAUAGAAAAGGAAAUUGAGGUCCACGAUAUAGAAAGCUGCUUGGAGCAUCUCACAUAGUGCAGAUCCCCUUUCGGGGUGAACCUCUUGGAUUUUGUAAAUAAGAAUGAGGCCAGUUUUGAUGGGAAACUUUGCUCGAUUUCCAUACAAGGUGUAGAGGGUCAUUUUGAUGGGUUUUCCUGAAAAGCUCGUAUGAAUGGCUCACGGUUUACAGUUAGCUGUAUCGUAUUCAGCUGUAAAAAGCCCAGAGUUUGUGCUUUGGUGAUUGGAGAGGCUGGCUUGCUGGGGAUUAGUAAAAAAUUCUUUCUCUAACCCAUUGUGUGCAAUGAUUCUUGUAAACCUUACAGCUAUUUGUAUAUGAUAGUUGACAUAUUAUCAUUUUGUCACUGAUGUAUCUUUUGAUGUAAGUUAAUGAUUCUUUUUGUUUUGAUUAUAUACCCAACAAUCAGUUUUUGCA